AGCAGAAGAGUGCAAGGUGAUAGCCUAGACGAUCAAGAUGGAGAAGAUGAAACAUCUCAUUAUAGGCCGAGUGUUGUCAAAGAAGUUGACGAUCUUCAUGCAACCGGAGGAGCUAAAACAUCGCAUUCGUCCCUGUUUUUCAAUCGCAAAAUCAAGACUGCGACGAAGAUGCUCGAGAAGUUAAAGAUGUUGGAAAGUGCAGGUAUGCAUGCUAGAAGAGAACACCAGAAUCGCAUCAUGCAGCAAGGUGAAUCUACUACUACAACUAAGAUGUUGCGGCCACCGGGUGCCCUAGAUGAUGCUUGGCUACGCCAGUUGGUCUCCUCAGUGCAGGAGGAAAGCAUGCACCCCUCGAGAAUCGAACAAGCAGCUUUAGAAUUAGUUAAAACUACUUCUGGAGUUGUUGGCGACCAUGAAGUAGAUCUGGAACUGGAAGUUUUGGAUGACGAGGAAGCUCAUGAGAUGAUGGCGGGUGCCUCUCCAAGCGCGCCUAGUCGCAAAGCAACAAGAUCAACCAGUGCAGGCCAACAGGAAGCUGGCACAACAACAACUCUGUCUCAACAGACAGGAGUAGAAGAAUCUGCUACAACGGUACGAAGAGCAAGGCGAAACCUCCGUUUUUUAGCGAAAAAGGACUUGAGCCUGCGCAGUGUAUUGUCGCAGACAUGGCGCAAACUACAACGAAGUCUGGAGAAUGAGUUAGGGAUUGUAAGUGGAGAAACUGCUACCUCUACUCCCGGACAAGGCUAUUUGUCGGCGAAUUUUUCCCGUUUCAAUCUACUGAACAAAACAUCGGGUUUGAUGAUGUCCUCAAUGCAAAUACAACACGGACCAUUUGACCACCUGUUGGAUGUGGACGAGAGUGCGAUUGGAGGUGGUGGACAUCGUCUAGAUCUACUAGGUGCACAUCGGCUUCAGCAUCACAGUGCUGGAAAUGGAAUCGGAAUGAACGAGGCCGUUGUUGAGUUAGUAACGGCACCACGGCAGCAUAUUCAAGUGCCAUAUCUGAAGCCUGAUCGGUUACAACUAGAUGAAGAACGGUUGUUGUCUGCGAGAUUGGACUUGUUGUCGAAAUCGCCAGCAAUUCGAGGUGAAGUAACCGCUUUGCGGGCGGCUCAUACAGCGGGUGGGAGUAGCGGCAGUACUAGUAAAAAACCAAUAUUGAUAGUGGAAAGCGAAACUACAAUUGAGCAGGGGAAGAAUGACCACGCAGAAGAUAUGCACAGCCCUUCAGAUGCUGCGGCUGCUACUUCCACUUCACCUAGGAUGAACAAAUCGCCAAGAGGAGGAGACGGAAGUCCUGCAAGUGCUGCGCAAGAACGAGGAAUAUACAGAAGUCCUAGGAGUCCUGCAAAAAGACCUGUACCAGAGGAAGAUCAGGAUGAUAGCCGCGUCAGUACUAGCGAACAGCAGCAGGAUGGAGAUGAAAGUGAGACCUUCCGUCAAAAGCAUCCCUUGCAGCGACGUUACCAAGAAGCAAUCGUUGCAGGUGAGGCUGAUUUGGCGGUGGCUUAUCAGAAGAAAAUUGAGAAGGAUUUAGCAGCAUUUGUGAAGAAGAAAAGACAAAAUCAACGAAGAACAUGAUGACUGUCAACACCUGUACUAGUUUUUUUCCUGUAAAAGUAGAUAUAU